AUGGAGUCGGGAGAGGAAGGUUUGGAAUGCCAAGAAGACGAACUAGUUGCGUUGAGUUCUAUUUACGAUGAACGAGUAUUUACAAAAUCACAAAGUGGAGGUGAAGUUAAUAUAUACUUAGAUAUACCCGAAAAUUUUGAGGUCAAGAUUUCUGCGAGCAAAAGAAUUGAAACGAAUGCUGAUGAAACCAGCCAUGAUAAUGAUGCAAUAUGGAAUGUAUUUGUCGUGAAAUAUCUUCCCCCUCUUGUCCUAAAUUUCAGUUUCCCCCCUGGCUAUCCAUCAACUCAGCCACCACAGUAUACCAUGUCAUGUAAAUGGUUGAAUGUGUUGCAG